UGAAUUUGGGAAAAAAAACAAGUGGCAUUAGCAAGAAAGCAAGAAGGCAUCGGAGCGGUGACGUGACGUGUAGGAGCGAGAUUGAGUCUCCGCUUCGAGCUUCCUUGAAUUCAAUUCAAUUCAACUCAGCUCGCUCGUUGAAUCACAAACAACCAUGCGCAUCAUAGCAUAGCAUAGCAUAGCAUAGCAUAGCAGAGAGAGAUUGAAUCAAUCACAAUGGCGGAAACCGCAUCAGCCUCUCCGAAACCCUCGCCCAUGGACCCUCAAAACCCCGCACCCUCCUCCAACCCUACAAUCCCCUCAUCGCCCUCGCUCCCACCCCUCCCCCAAUCGCAGCAGCAACAAGAACAACAGCAGCAGCAACAGCAACAGCAACAGCAGCAACAACCUUUGGUGUCGCAGGCCAUGAACCCUAUUUCCAAUUUCCAACUUCAGCAGACGCUUCAGCGAUCCCCUUCCAUGUCGCGCCUCAAUCAAAUUCAGCCCCAGCAGCAGCAGCAGCAGCAACAACAACAGCAGCAGCAGCAGUUCGGCGUCAUGCGCCAGCAGGCCGGUUUGUACGGCGGACAGAUGAAUUUCGCCGCCGCGGGAGGCGCCGCCGCCGGCGCGCAGCAGCAGUUGGGCGGGUCGAACUUGUCCCGGUCGGCGCUCAUGGGGCAGAGCGGGCACUUCCCCAUGCUGUCCGCUGCUGGAACGCAGUUUAACUUGCUGUCCUCGCCAAGGCAGAAAGGUGGACUAGUCCAGCCGUCUCAAUUCUCCUCAGGUAAUUCUGCUGGACAAUCACUUCAAGGAAUGCAAGCAAUGGGCAUGAUGGGGUCACCAAAUCUCAACUCACAACUUCGAGCCAAUGGAGCCAUGGCUUAUGCGCAGCUACGUAUGAGUCAGGGACAAAUAAGGCAGCAGCUAUCACAACAAAGUUCGCUUAACACUGCACAGGUUCAAGGUUUACCAAGGUCAUCAUCUCUUGCUUUUAUGAAUUCUCAGUUGUCUGGGUUGUCUCAGAAUGGACAACCUGCGAUGAUUCAUAACUCUUUAACGCAGCAGCAGUGGAUUAAACAAAUGCCAGCAAUGUCUGGCCCUGGCUCACCAUUGCGUCUUCAACAGCAUCAGAGGCAGCAGCAGCUGGCUUCUUCUAAUCAAUUGCAACAAAAUCCUAUAACCCUGAACCAGCAGCAAUUGUCCCAGCUGAUGCAGCAACAGAAAUCGAUGGGACAGCCUCAGCUGCAUCAGCAGCAACAACAACAACAGCAGCAGACUCAGCAGCUGCAACAACAACAACUUAUGCAACAGCAGCCACAACAACAAUCUCAGCUGCAAGCUUCUGUCCAUCAACAGCAACAGCAGCAGUCUCCAAGGAUGCCUGGACCUUCAGGCCAAAAGUCAGUUAGCCUAACAGGAUCACAGCCAGAUGCUACUGCAUCUGGCGCAACUACACCAGGUGGCAGUUCUAGCCAAGGAACUGAAGCGACGAACCAAGUCCUUGGAAAGAGAAAGAUACAAGACUUAGUUGCACAGGUGGAUCCACAGGGUAGGUUGGAUCCGGAAGUUAUAGAUCUUCUUUUAGAGCUUGCUGAUGACUUCAUUGAUUCUACAACUACACAUGGUUGCAUUUUGGCGAAACACAGAAAGUCGUCAACUUUGGAGUCCAAGGAUUUAUUGCUACACCUAGAGAAAAAUUGGGAUUUAACUAUUCCAGGAUAUUCAAGUGAAGAGAAGAAGUAUCAGAGCAAACCUCAAUUAAAUGAACUCCACAAAAGACGCCUAGAUGUGAUUCGCACACUGAUGGAAUCCUCGCCCUCUGAGUCUAGUAUUAACAGUUCCAAAGAAAUGAGUAGACAGGGCAUUUCUAAUCCUACUUCUGUGGGAGCCCACCACAUAGUAAGACCCUUGAGUUCAGAGCAAAUGGUUUCUCAUUCAUCUGGUUCUCAAAUGCUACAGCAGAUGACAAGGUUUUAGUGAACCUUUGAUUUUGGUCUUCAUGCUGCUAGGUUUAACUGCCUGUAUGCUGGUCUGAAGAGAUUGGUUGCUGAAACUGAUUAGCAUGCAAGGGAACUGUAAUUACUUAGUAUUUAGACAUGAAAAUUAGUUGUUAAAGGAUCCCAGUAAUUGACUAUCUCUUGUUAUUUGCCCCAACCCUCAAUAGUCAUUUUAUUUCACUGUUUAAGCCUAAUUAUGGAAUUUUAAUGUCCAUUGCCUGUCUACAAGUACUUUUGUACUCCAAACAUACUUUCUUGGAUACUUGCUCUCUGUUUCUGAUCAACUAGGCAAAACUGGUGUAAAGUUUUUCAAUUUUGUAUCGAGUGUAAAUCGGGGCUUUGGAUUUUAAUGUAACGAUUUAUUAAACAGAAGCGAAAUAGUAGAUGAGAAGUUAUAGUAUUUGUUA